AUGGGAAGAACUGGAGAAAGUUCUAUAACGAAUGAAGUGCUUUUAUCACUUCAUGUUACUGACUUAAAUAUUUGUGACUUAUGGUCACUUGAUUCUCUGGGAAUUACGGAACCGAAUAUUUCUCAAACGAGAUCAGAAAUUGAGGGAGCCGCGAAAGAUCAUUUUGUUCGGUCGUUAAGAAGGGAUGAAGAAGGUAGAUAUGAAGUGUCUCUCCCCUGGUUGGAGGUUCAUCCUGAAUUACCGGACAAUCAAAACCUUGCCGAAAAGCGGUUAAAGUCUUGCGUAAAGGCGUUACAAAAACGAAACUGUUUACAUGAAUAUGAAAACGUCUUCAGAGAUUGGGUAGCCGAAAAAAUUAUUGAACCCGUUGAUUCAGAGGAACUGAUAAAAGAUAAAGGUCAUUAUUUACCGCAUAGACCAGUAUUUAAAGAGAACUCCACAACUAAAAGCCAACCGGUUUUUGAUGCGUCUGCUAAGGAAAGAAAUUCUGUGUCGCUGAACGAUUGCGUUGAGAAAGGGCCGAAUAAUUUAGAACUGAUCCCUAAGCUCAUUAACAGAUUUCGUCAGGGGAAAUUUGGGGUAAUAUCGGACAUUCGUCGAGCUUUCCAACAAAUAAACGUUGCUCCCUCAGACAAGAAAUUUCUGCGAUUCCUAUGGUGGGAGGGAGGUGAUCCAGGGAAACUUAUUGUUUAUUCACAUUGCCGUGUAGUUUUCGGCGUAAAUGCAAGCCCAUUUUUACUCGCCGCGACUAUAAAUUAUCAUUUAGAGAAUGUAGAUGAAACCAAGAGAGACAUAGCUUUAAAACUUAAAGAUUCCAUGCAUGUAGACAAUUGUGUUGCAAGUGUGAACACUAUUGAAGAGUUAAAUUCUUUCAUUACGGUGUCUAAAGAAUUAAUGGCUUCAGCACAAUUCGACCUAAGGGAUUGGAAACAUAAUCGGCCAGAUAGUGAUGAGGAAACCUCAAUUUUGAACUUGUCUGGAGAUAACUAUAAAGAAAUCGUUUCAGUAUUGGGCCUUAAAUGGAAUUUAUACGGGGAUACUUUAUCUUGUGAGAUAAAUGAGGAAAAUGAACCCAUUCCGAGUAAACGAAAUGUAUUAUCUCUGUUAAGCCGAAAUUUUGACCCUAUUGGGUUUACAAGUCCAGUCACACUAGUUCCUAAAUUAAUCUUGCAGGAAUGUUGGAAGGAGAAAAUUAAUUGGGAUACAGGACUUCCGGAUAAUNAAAUCAACCCAUUCCGAGAAUGUUGGAAGGAGAAAAUUAAUUGGGAUACAGGACUUCCGGAUAAUCUUAGGAAUAAAUUUCUAAAGUGGGCUAAUGAAUUAAAAUAUCUGAAAGAAAUAGAAAUCCCUAGAAAAACACCUGAUCUAGAUGAAAAUUCUACUCUGCAUGUCUUCGUAGACGCGAGCAAAUCGGCUUACGCGGCUUCAAUUUUUAUCAGAAAUGUUAAAGGGGGAAUAGUUAACUGUCAACUCUUACAGGCUAAAUCCAAG